AUGGAAAACGAAGCUAAUGGUUUGACAGACACCUUUGUGGCCAGACACACUACAGACCGUACCUUACGCUUGGAACUGCUUUCUCGUAAUCAAAAUGGCUUAAGCCGUGACCAACACACAGUAAUGGGGACAGAGGUAAGAAAGAUUUAAUACAGCAUAUCCUUAAAAAAUAGAGAAGGAGAAUAAUAUUGCUUGUCUGAGACUACGUAGCCGGCCGACUGGGUAGGGAGGACGUUGUAAAAGCAAUUCACCAAAAUUGUAGCUGAGAUCGCAGCUUUUAUUGACCACGACAUAAAAACUGGAAAAAUACUUUGAGACCGAAUGAUCAAGAAAAUGUUAUAGCACAAGUUUAGUCAAAAAUUGAUUCCCUGUAUGAUACUUUAGGAAUUGCAAAAUAAACUCGCGAAAAUCGUUUUUGUUUUCGCUGUUGCAAAUGCCCCAUACAGGUGUUUUGCGAUCCUUCACAAAAAAUAUUUAUAUUGCCAAUUUCUAUUUAUUUAAAAUAAAAAAAGCUCAUAGAUUUAUGAGGCAUCAAAACGAGCAUUCCAAGCGAGUGAAAUUAGACUAUAUCACCCGCUCCAAGAGCCAGCCAUAUAAUAAACAUUUUUUUAAAUUAUCUUAUUUUGUUUCAUUUCUCCAGAUUGCCGGGUUAAACAACACUGCUAUCGACUGGCCUGCAUGUAGUUCUUCUUCGGGGAACACAAGACCUUGGAAUGUUGAGUCUUUAGAGUCCACGAACAAUAGUCCUCUUGCGUUGGUGCAAGGAGUAGCCAGAGCAACGGUCCAAAUAAAUAGGGGAAUGCGGGAAAGAGACCAGCGUGAAUUGGAGCGGGAACAACUUCAAAGGGACCAGGACAGAAGGGAAGCAGAGAUUAGAAUGAGAGGAAAUAGAGAAAUGAUAGAAAGAGAGAGAAGGGAAAUAAGAAGAUCUAGUGGAUGGAGAGAAUGGCAAGAGGCAGUUCCUAGACCUUGGUGCUCAUGCCUCCUUGAUGAGGUGACUAACAUGUUUCAUUUUUUUUUCUUUCCUUCUAAAUUGAUCAAUAAGUCGUCUUUCCUCGCACUUGCUCGCGGGAAGUUGCGACAGGUUCUUUCAUAUCUGAAUAAAAUGACUCAAGCGACCAACGACGGCAUUUAGACAAAGAAAAAAUCUCAAUCUGAAAACGAGGAAGGAAGAAACCGUGAAUAAAUAAAACCUCUGUUGAUCCGGUUUUUUUUUUUUUGUCCGUUGCCCAUCAUCACUUCUUUCCCCACGCCUUUUGAAAUUUCUUAGUUUUACCUCUUUUUUUCUUGUUUCAGUUUGUAGGAGACACCAUAUGCAGAAGAUGUGACAGACAGAGAUACUUGUAAGUCUAUAACCCUACGCAGCUAAUUCGUGUAAUAAUGCUCACUAUUCAGCAAAGUUGGUGCCACAGUUGAUAUCGUUGUUGCCUAAACCUAGUUUUUAGGAUGUCAUCACAGCAAUUUUCAAAGUGUUUGAUUUUGUGAUUCCGAAAAGGAUAAAAGCAGUCUGUUAGCACCAGUGAAGUCAAGUAGCAACGUUAUGGGUAGAUUUUUAUAGAGGAACUCUGCUAGUAGUAUAUUGUACUGCAGAAGUCCUUUUUUUUUUCUUCUGGCACUAACAGACAAAGAAACGGUGUUGUCGCCAACGCAGUAGAAAAUUUAGAUCAACGUUUUGGUCAAUCUGAUGGCUCAGUGACGAACAGAAGCUAUGGCAGCUCUUUGCUUCAAUUGGAACAACCCGUGGAAGAAGCGUGCGCCCUGGUGGAAAGAGUGUCGAGGGAGAGAGAAAUUGCAGAGUUUGGUUGGGAAAUUGAAAGAAAAGAGCAUGAAAUACAAACAGAAAGUGCACGAAAGAAGAGAGGAAGGGAGGCAAGACAGCUCCCUGAAGUUAGCAUAUGGCCUCAGCAGCCAUUUCAUGCACUUCUGUGCAACUUUAGCGAGCAGUGUGGGGAGGUAAGUUGACUGAGGGCCCUGUCAUUAUUCAUCACCUGGGAGGGAGGGGUUGAAGGAUUUUUGGGGGGGGGCGAUCACGUUGUUCUCAGGAUCUCAGGAUUAGUCGUCACAAACAGAGGAUGAUGGUGGGACUCUGGGAUAUUGACUGCCAAUGAGGGAUGGGGGGGGGGGAAUCGUUAGAAUACUAGAAAGACUUGGGGUUGGAGGGGAAUCAAGUACAUUUUAUUUCCACAAAUCCAAAAUUGCCCGCCCCUCCCCCCACCAUACCUUAGCGAUUUGUAAGGACAGGUCCCUGAGCACUACGAUGAGCGUAAUGGAAAAUCUUUUGCUCAAAAAUUUAAUCCACACCUCUUGAUAGCCGCCUUGUAAUAUUUUCCGCACGAGUGGCUAAAAUACGAGCGUUCAAUAUAUAAAAGAAAUGCCAUUCAAUGUUAGAAUUGACAGCGCUAUCAUUCGCUUAUCAAAAUUUUAUCAAUGUUACUAGGCAGGUUUUUUUUUUAUUUUAGAAUCGAAGAGGCGAAGGUUCUGGAAGAGAGAGGUAAGUACAAGCAGACUGAAUUCUGCAAUAUGCGCACUCUUUUGUUCCUUUGGAUGAACAAGUCUUCUCAGUCUGGCUCAUGCUAAACGUUGAUUAAUCAGUUUGUUCAUAGCUCAUGAUCAAACUGUUGAGAAAAAGGAAGGAUUUUUUCUACGUAAUAAGGCUAAGUACGUCUCCUUCUUCGUUGAGAAUUGUAGUGGAUACACCCUCUGAAUCACAACAUUCACAAAAGGGAUCGAUGCAUGUUCGUUUGAAUAAAUGGCUUCAAUAAAAACCUAAAAUAAGCGCUCGUUUGUCGCCUUGGGCUCGAUUUGGCUGUAUAAGUCUUCUCGGUCUGGCUCAUGCGAAACGUUAAGUGAUCAGUUUGUUCAUUAAUCAACCUGUUACUAAAUAUGGGAUUUUUAUACGCGAGAAGGCUAACUAUAUCUGCUUCUACGUCUAGAAUUGUGGAGGAACUACUUUUUGAAAUGACAUAAUUUAAAUGUCAACACUCAUUGGUAGACUCAAAUUUUCCUUUUCAUCCCUUUUGGAGAUCAUCCAAUCGAUCAUCCAAUCAAAGAACUAAUCGCUCCGUCGCCUCUGAUAGUGACGUCCGCUCCAUUUGUCUGUGCGCCAAUUGCUGUUACGAACAACAGUCUUGUUUUCAUGACUCCAUCAACGUAAUGACUACUUGUGAGUCUAUUGAAUUAUAAAAUAAAACCGCUUUUCCCCUUAACUGCAGGACGCCCUCAGUUGUUAUCAGAUCUUAUCAUGCUCACACAAAGUUCACACAGAGUGUGCUAUUGCAAUGAUACAGAAUGGCGUGUAA